AUGAAACAUUCGCUCGUUAUCUUUCUCUUCUUCGUCGAUAUUCAAGCUGGAAUUUUUCUUUUUGAUACACAAGAUAGUCGUCUAGUCGAACAAUACGAUUGUAUCUAUCAUACAACAGAUGUUUCAAUAAAAUAUUGUCGUCGACCUGGUACAAAUAUUACUUUAGAUCGAUCAAAAAAUGACUGUUUUAAUGGCGGAGAACGAUUAUCAUUUCAAUCUUUACUUGAACAGCAUAUUUCACCGCAAGAUAUUCUUCAAUGGAAUUCCAGUCUUGAACGAGUCGAUGAUUAUGCAUCAUUUUUCUAUAAUACACAUCAAACAAAUCUUAAAGGAGGUGAAUAUUUUUGUCGUUGUAUUCAACCAGGCACAUUUGGAAAAUCUUGUGAAUAUCAUUUUCUCGAUGGUGCUACGUCGUUUGCACAAGCAAUUAAAGAACAAUUCGAAGAAAAACAACGUAAUCCUUGGGGUGCACAACAUUAUGGAGCUAUUCUUUGUUAUCGAGCACAGAAUUGCUAUUCAGGAUUACUGUGUUUAGACUGGCGAAAUAUUUGUGAUGGUGAACAACAAUGUCAUGGUGGUUACGAUGAAGAGCAUUGUGAUUUAUUAGAAUUUAAUGAAUGUGAGAUGGAUGAAUAUCGUUGUUCAAAUGGUAUGUGUAUUCCUGAUGCAUACUGGUUAGAUGGUGAAAUUGAUUGUAUGGAUCGUAGUGAUGAAAAAUCUGAUCUAUUCAACAGCGAUUGUUUCUAUCAAACAGAUUAUUUUCGAUGUGAUGAAUCUGUUUGUUCAGCACAUCUUUGGUCAUGUGGUGAUGGUCAAUGUAUUAAUAGCUGGAAUCGUUUUGGUUAUCAACGAUUGAUUUUAAGCGGUGGUGAAUGUUUGAGUCAUCGAGAAUUGAAUCAUAUGUGUGAAGCUAGUCGGCGUUAUUCUCUAUGGACAAAAUCAGAUACUGGUCUGUGUACGAAUCAACUUGGUUAUGAUGAUCCAAACUUGAGUAUAUCUCAAACAUCAUCAGUUGAACAUCUAUGUUUUUAUCUGAUACGAUGCGCUCUAUCAAGUGGCCUCGAACGUGAUUGUGUUUGCAAUCAAUUAAAUUGUUCUCAAUUAAUUAUUACCGAAUGUGGACGUAAUCUUUUCUAUGCUUUUCCAGCUGCACAAGUAGUUCGUCCUUAUAUGAUUGCAUGGUAUAGUACCGAUCAUAAUUGGUUGGACCCAACACCAGAUGAUUAUUCUUUUGAAGGCGAAAUAUUAUGUCGAGGAUACUAUGCAAAAAUAUCAAUAUCAGAUUCAAAAGGUCUCAGUGUAUCUGUCGUUUGGAUUCAACACGCAUAUGUUCAAUUAGAUUUUGAAUUUUGUCGUAAAGCAACAAUAAAAGAUGUCACUGGUCCUCAGUUUGAUCCAUUUUGUUGGAGUAAUCAUUCUCUCACAUUUAACAAUAAGGCAUCUUAUGCUUUUCAUCCAUCAUUCUGUAAAAGUUCACAUCGAUGUGUUACAUAUUAUCGCGCUCGUGAUAGAGUUUAUGACUGUCAUGAUAUGUCCGAUGAAGAAUCAGAUGUAUCCACUGAACAUUUCUGUCAAAAUAUUCGAAAACAUCGAUUCAGUUGUUCGAAACAAGAACCUUACUGUAUUUCCAUAUCAUAUUUUCCUUAUUCCAUUGGUAUAUGUUCUGAUAGCUCCGAUAGAUAUGUCAUUGGAUCUGACAGAUUAUUACAAGAUCUCAAAUGCUUUUAUCGUGGUGAUCCCGAUUGCUCGUUUCUUCGCGAUUAUAUCUACAAUUCUUCCAUUCGGAACAUUAGUCGAGAUUUACCUACGACUUCAUCAAUAUCUCGUUCCCCUUUACAUUGGUAUUGUGAUAGUUUUUGGGAUACUUCAUCACAUUCGGAUGAAUUACCGGAGUACUGUAAAUCAUGGAUUUGUCCAAGAGAUCAGUAUCAAUGUCAAACAGGGCAAUGUAUUCCACUAUUCUGGCUGUGUGAUGGUGAAUGGGAUUGUUCAGAUGCAUCAGAUGAAGAAGUUCUUCUUUCAAUUGAUAAAUUCUCCGAACACAAUCAAAAGCUCACUAACUUCUCAAAUCAUAUAAGUCUUUGUUAUCAAAGAUAUACUUAUCAAGCAUUUUCAAAUAUUUGUAAUGGUUCAUCCGAAUUACCUUGUUUUCGAGCAAAUGUAUCCAAUCCAUUGAAUAUUACCGAAUUUCGUCCAUGUAUUUCAUUCAAACAAAUUGGUGAUAAACAUGAAGAUUGUGUCGCUGGUCAUGAUGAAAAGAAUACGAUCGCUGAUUGCAACGGUUUUAUGCUUGGUUUUACAUAUCGAGGUGAUAAUGGUACAUGCUACAAUCAUAACAGAUAUAUAUGUUCCGAUGUAUUCGAUGAUUCAAAUAAGAGACUAUGGUGUUUCUAUCAACAACAAAAUAGUUCUUCGUGUUCAAAGGAGAGAGAUGUCAUUUGUUUGGAUGGUUCGUGUAAACCAAAUGCUCGUUGUAAUGGAACUUUUGAAUGUGCAUAUGGUGAAGAUGAAUAUCGAUGUGUAGCAGCUGCAUUGGAAUCUGAUUAUAUUAUAUAUCGUCGAGAAAAAGAACACUUCAAACGAAAUAUAAUUCCACAAUUAUAUUGGAAUAUUCAUCCAUCUACGAUGGACUUCAGUCAUUCCACUCCAAGACGAGAACGAAGAAUGAGCAGUGAAGAAGAAAAUGCAUUCAUCUGUAAUCGUGGUGUAGCAAUAGGAUUGAGUGAAAAAGAGAAAGUGUGCUUUUGUUCACCAGGAUAUUAUGGGAAUUAUUGUGAGUUUUAUAGUGAUCGUUUAACAGUAAUUACCCAUCUGAAUAUUACUGAGACAAUGCAACAUUCAAUAUUUAAAGUAAUUGCUAUAUUACGUACAAAAGAUGUUGUUCUUAGUCAUCAUGAAUUUAUCGUUAAUGGAACAUUUGAAAAAGAUAAUCCAAUUAAACACCGUUUUACCCUUCUCUAUUCUCGACUUUCACAAUUUUUGAAUUAUACGAGAGUACGUUAUCUUUAUCGUCCAGAAAUUGUUCAUGUUCGAUAUUAUUCAGUUCAUUUCAAUCUUUUUCUCUUAAAUGUCAAUGAAACAAUUGAAUUAGGUCAAUGGAUUUAUCCAAUCUAUUUCGAUUUCUUACCUUCAUUUCGUUUAGCAAAAAUAUUAACUGUUUCAGAUGAAUAUCUAAAUCAAACGGAUCAUUCAUGUGACAAUCAUACCUGUCCUUCAGAUUCGGAUUGUUUACCAAUUUUCAAUCAACCAGGUCAAUUCUAUUGUUCAUGCCAAAAUGGUGUAUUUAAUAACAAAUGUCAACCAGUUAAAAACUUAUGUUCUUCAUAUUGUUCUUCGAAAUCUAUUUGUAAACCUGGAUACCGUGGAUUUUUUAGUAAUGUUGAUCGACCUUUUUGUGUAUGUUCAUUGGGAUAUUAUGGUCCACGUUGUCAUUUACGUCAUGAAGAAUGUCAUUUUCAUCCAUGUUUAAAUAAUGGGACUUGCCAUUUGACAUACGAUCCGACAGGUGAAAAUCCAUUUCGAUGCCAAUGUCAAACGGAAUUCUACGGAUAUCGAUGUGAGAAAAGAAAAUCAUUUAUUCAAAUCGAUUUAAAUAUGACAGAUCCUAUAACACCAGUGGUUUCAAUAGUGCAAUUCUGUGACAUUCGUGGUAUUUCCCUUGAGAUUGUUCUUCAAGAUCAACAACUUAUUAAUGGAUUACCUUCGACUAUCUCUUACAAUCAUCCUGAGAUGAAGGUACCUAUUCUCGGUAUCUUGAAAACGUACAUAGAUAUCAUUCAUUUAAAUUAUUUCAUUAUCUAUCUAAUUCCAAAUGUUACUCAAAUGCAAAUCAGAUCAACGCCUAAACGAUGUCCAGAGAUUAUGACACUGAUGGAUCAAAUGCCAUUAUUCGAUGACGAUGACGUUCCGAUUGUUUUCAAAUAUCAUUACAUAUGUCGUCAUUUUCAAGAUUUAUAUUGUUUUUAUAGCAAUGAUUAUUUGUGUGUCUGUGAACUGGAUAAUCAUCGAGCAUCUUGUUUCUUGCAUGACAUGAACAUUGAUCAAUGUCAGUUGUGUUUCUCCAAUGGUAAAUGUCUUCGUGGCAAUCUGAAAGAGAGCAAAGAUUUCUAUUGUAUUUGUUCUAAAUGUCGUCAAGGUGAUCGAUGUCAAUUUUCAUUAGAAGCAUUUGGAUCGACUAUUGAUUCUCUCUUAUCAUCCUAUUCAUCGACUAUUCAAUUUAUCUAUCUAAUUAUUUCUGGAUGUCUUCUACUUAUUGGAUUAAUUAAUAAUAUACUUUCAUUCAUUACUAUUCGACGAUCAAUACCACAACAAACAGCAGUGGGUCACUUUCUUCUAAUUAUUACUCUUCUAAAUAAACUUUCACUUUUCUCUCUAUGCUUGAAAUUCCUUGAUAAUUCUAUGGAAUCAUUUGGUUGGUUAAUUUCUGAUCAAUUGAAUCUUAUUUUCUGUAAAACAUUCUCCUAUUUACUGUCAAUCAGUACUCGAUCUUUCUAUUGGUUAGCUAGUUGGAUCACGAUCGAUCGACUAUUAAUGGUUGUAUUUCCCACAAAGAUUCUGUUCAGACGACCAUUUCUUGCCAAACUCAUCAGUAGUCUGACUUUACUUAUCAUUUGUCUAAUGCAUUCACACGAGAUUCUAUUCUACACAAUUAUUGAACAAUCAUCUUCCACUGUUUGUGUUACACAUUUCGAAGAUAUGAAUAUCGCUUAUUAUAAUCGUGUGACAACAUUGAUACAUUAUCUUGUUCCUUUUGCCGUUCAAAUCAUCUGUAUUACUUUCAUGAUAGUUUAUAUUACUCGAAUUCGAACGAAAGCAAAAGACACAUCGAAUUUCUCUCGAUCAGCUCUGAUCGAACAAUUCAUAUCUUUGAAAGAACUGUACGUUACUCCGUUAGCCAUUGUAAUCAGCGCUUUACCACAAAUCACCGUUUCUUUUACAUUAGCUUGUCAAGAAUUAGUUUCCUGGCAGAAACAUCUUCUUCUCAGUACUUAUUUACUAUCCUAUAUUCCACAAGUACUUGCAUUUUUUCUCUUUAUUCUAUCAUCAUCACUCUACAGAAAGGAAUUCUUUCAAACAUAUAUUGGACAAAAACUCUUUUCAUAA